GGCGGCCGCCAGAUGUCAUCGCGAUCUGUUUUUCUUCCUGACAGUGAAUUUGUGAAAUCAGUUUCGGGGUGACGAUGCCAAGUGCGACGGCGGCAGAUGUGAUGCAAAUUCGGUGUUUCUUCCUUCUUUGAUGCGCGGAGGCAUCAAGAUGAGUCUGAUCAUGGACAAUAGACUGGAGGAGACGGCGGACACCGAGGCCGAGGUCAAGAAGCUGCAGGCUCUAGUCAAACAGUUGGAACUGCAGAAUGAGGAAUUGCGGUCGGAGAGGCAGCAGUUGAUGAAAGAAGGUGGUGGUAGUGUGGGCGGCAGUCCUGUGCCUAUGGGCGACGGUACUACAACACCUGUGGGCGGCAAGGAUCAUUCUCAGCAACCCCCGACCACUCCCAAGCGGCAGUCCCAGGGGCUCGACUCUGACUUCGAGGCCAUGGAUCCUAUCGGCCUCGACGAGACGGACCUGUCAGACGACGAGACCUGGUUGUUUGAGUCUCCAUCACCACAAGCAAAGCCACACAACUCAGAUUGGUUACGCAAAGAUGUCGAUGAUCCCUCAUUAAUAGUUGCUAAGAAGUCUUUAAUACAAAAACUAGAUCAAAUAGCGUUAUCUCCUCAUCAUUCACCUCGUGUCAUUGGCCUUUAUUCAACCAGCCCCUGCUCAUCAGGCGUCCUUUCUCCGGAAUCUCCACCCUCAUCACGAGGUGAAAUUGAUACGCGAACUUUUGUAAGGCCCAAGAAGAAAAGAGGUAUGGCAUUUGGCGAUACCUUUAAUGAUGAAAAUCGGAAUUCUUUACUAAGGAGAGAUGGUAGUUCACGUGAGUGCCUGGCCCGGUCAAGUGGUUCUUUGGGGUCUGAAGAAGAUGAUCGGCUUAGUUCUGCUUCGGAAGGCAGUUUUUCUUAUCACUUGGCGGAUGUGGCCGAUGUUAAUGCUCUUGCACGUCUGCAAGAAGAAAGUUUAAAGCUUCCUGACCCAAGAAGAGGUUCAAGAUUACCAGGUAUGCGUUCAACUAACACUGGUAUACCAUAUGCCUCUGGGGGCUCAGGUGGUUCAGUAACUAGCUCUCAAGAAGAUCUCUUAGCAGCUCCUCAUCCUGGUGGUAGCCCUCGUCGACCUGCUCGCAGUCUCCAACCCCCUCGACGCUAUACUGCGCAGAACACUCCUUCAAGGGAGGGCUCUGAUCUCUCUACGCCUCCAGAUAGUCCCUACAACUCACAGCACAAUCUUCAAGUUUGUAAUGGUAGGAGUGGUUCACGGCUUCCAGGUGGAUUAAAUAGAGGUUUUGGUGGUAGCGAUCCACGUUUAUUAGAACAUACCACCCCUAGUAGUAGUCGGGGAGCUUCCCCUGCUAGAUCUCAUGAUUCCCCCUUGGCAUCUCAAUCUGAUGUUCGACAAGUUCCUAGAACUUCAAGACUUCAAGCUCCACAGAUGCGUAGUAGAUUAAGUGCACCCUCUCCUGUACGUAUACCAUUGGGUGGUGCAUCCGGACUUCCACAGCCCACAGAAAUUCCUAGACCUAAGCAACUGGUAUACCUCGACCAGGAUCCCGUUUACAAGCUCCUAGAACAAGGUCGGGUAUAGUACAGCCAAGGUUUCAAGCGGCAAUGCAGGAUGACUGGAGAGAUGGUUGCUUCUAACAUAUUUUUAGCGGUAGUUGCCUUUUAGAGGUAUUUGGGAAUUGUAGAAAAUACUAGUUAUUUACACUGUGGGUGUUAUCAUAGGUGAUAAGAUAAAUCUCUAUUGCCCGAUUGAAGGAGACUGCAAAAAGAUGCACUAUAUGAAGUUAUUUAAAGAAAAUGAGUGUUAAUGUUGGUAAAUUGGUGCUGUGGCAAGGAGUCAUGUUUUGACAUACAGGUGCAUAUGGCUCAUAUCUCGUAAUAUCUGCAAGUUGUCAUCAGACAAGAUUUAUCCGUGACUUCUGUGUGAUCACUUUAUUGGAGGUCCACGUGCAAAAUCUUGUUGCUCUGUAAUUAGUUGUGCAUAAUUCUUGUAGUAAGAGAACAGUCUUGCUCAAUGUGAUGUUGAGUAGUCACAUUUGCGUUGAGACUUAUUCCUAUGGAUGAUAUACCAGUUAAACAAUAUUCUUCAGAAAUUAGAAACAAACCUUCAUUGUGGCAACAGUGUGAUACCCCCCAGUGGUGUUCUGCCACACAUUCCAGUUCUGUCCCUGGUUCCAGUCCAGGUUCUUAGCUACUGACAAUAGUGAGGCCUUCCUUCCUUGUAUAUUUCACAUUCCCAUCUGAGGGCAAUGUGUCAGAUUCAUAUUUCACUCCUUGUGUAUGUGGUUUCAUGAGUUUUGGGCUCUAUACCCAUUUUGCUUCUUAAUAAGCUUUAAGCAAUAAGUAUCAUUAUCCUUUGGACUGCAGGGGCCUACAUAGAAAGUCUGCUGUUUGCAUAUUUAUGUAUUUAGUGUAUACCAAACAUUUUAAUUCCUUGCAAAAUGAAAAACGUUUUUGAAAUUAAAAAAAAGAAGAGUUCCAUUGUUGAUUUUUAUGAAUAGACAUAGCUCUCAAAAUGCAACGAGCAAAAUUAAUACAUAACCAGUUUAUUGGAAUGGAAGUAUAUUAACUCCAUUAAGUACUGAAACCUUCACAAACAGUUGCUAAAUUAGUCCCAAAAUAUGUCUUAUCUUUUACUGUCAUUCUGGAUCGUUUUUAUUAGAAGACGACCAUGUUAACAGCCAAUUGGUUCUCAUGGUGCACUAAGACAUACAGAAUUUAAAUUGUAUCCAUAUUGAACCCUCCAUAGUUGACUUUUAUUAAUGAUUAAAGGUAUGAUUCUCAGGAAGAUUUUCAAUUUAUAAUUUGAUCUUUUAAAGUUUUAGUAGACCAAAAAUGAAAUUUCAUUGAAAUGAAUAAGGUAUUUAAUAUUGUUUGGGUUAAGUAUUUUAUAAAAAAUUUUAACUUAAUUGUGUGCUUUAUUUAGCAGUUAUCUAGAUGGUUCAGUUGUCUAGAGUUCUCUUGCUAUACUACUUAGAAAAAUCAUUGUGGAUCAUUUCAUCUCACCAUUGGUGAGAUUUAAAGUGAAUUUGAAACACAAUUAGUGUGAGGCUGUUUUAUUAUGGUUUUGCUUUUAGCAGGUGUGUUAAGUAGAAUUUUGAAACAUUUUCUUUCGUUUGUGGUAUUUGGCAAUUAGUUUCUGAUAUUGCAUGAUCUUUUUAUUUUGGUUCAUUUCGUUUCUAUACUCUUUAGUAGUACAAAUUGGUUACUUCAUAUAAUUUCUUCAUUUAUUGGUAAAAAACACUCAUUAGUGUCCUCAUUUACUAUAUUUUGUGGGCUAAACCAAAUACCUUUCCAGUACAGUUUAUCCAGACUAGUUCUCAGAUCAGUAUUGCUCAUGAUAUGUAAUUCUGCUGUAGUAUUAUGUUGUCUCACGUAAUGCUUUGAUAGUGUCGUGAUCCCCUUCCCAUAGUUUACUUCAUGUUGGUUGUGAAACUGUUUGCUGUAGGUAACUUUGAUCUUUUUUCCUGAAUUACAUAAAAAGGAACAAUAAAAUUCCAGUGCUAAUGGUAAUCGAGGAGGUUUAUUCCUAAUUCUUCUGUAGCUUAGGUUUUAUAAAUUCUUGUGUACUGUUGAAUAAUUCCAAAAUGCAUUGGUGUUUAAUCAGAAGGGUGUUUUCAUGCAUUCAUUGAAGUUUUUCUUGAAAUUUUACUACAGUUAAUCCAAAAAUACGUCCUGAUUCCCUCCCAUAUAUAGAUAAGAAUUGAAAGAGAUAGGAAAAAGAUACAAAUGCAGUAUAUCACUUCUCUCUUUGGUCCCUUAUGCUUAUUGCACCCAGCUUAGAGCUUAAGCUUUUAGAUGGAAUUCAAAUCUAGUAAUUUCACUAUCUUUGGCUACAUAGAAUUUCAUUGAGCCCAUAAAGUUGCUUUCAUCUGUCAUUCAAAUACUUGACAGCUUACAUUUUUGUGUUUAUGUCAUGCACUCAUUUGUAAGUAUCGUUUAUGAUUCUCUUUUAAUUUCUAGUAUUUUUCAUCCUCCCUUUUGUUUUUAGGCCUUGUACAACUUUUUCUCUCUUUGAGUAUUAUGUACUAAGAGCUACAGAUGUAAGUGAUAGCAGGAAAUGUUUUUAUUUAGAAAUUUUGGCCAGAUGAAUGAUGUAUGGAUAUGAAUCACUGAAAUUUCAGUGUUGGGUGUUCUCAAUAUUUUCAUUACAGGUUGGAAUUUGUAAAGUAUAGCAUGCACUGUCAAGAGACCAAGGUAACAGAAUUAUGGCUAACCCAUUUUAUAUUACUGUAAUGGUUUAGUAUUUACAUUCCAUGUAUUAUUGUAGUAGGCAAUGCAUUGUGUCCUGCCUUAAUUAGAAAGAGGUCAUGAAGUAUUUUCCCACUUUAUUAGAUUUUGUAGCUUGUAAAUUUUUUUUGUGUUUUGUAAAAAGGAAAUCAUAGAUCAGUGCAUAUACCUGUCUAUUUUUAUAAUGAAUAAUUGUGUGCAGUUGCUACUUCUCAGAUUACAAUAAGAGUCAAGUAGUUCAUUGCUGAACUGUGUUAGCCAUUUCAAUUUUAGUGCCUCAGAAUUUGCAUUUCCAGUUUUCAAGUGGGAUUAGAGAUACCUAAUUGUUUUAUUUUCACAGAGUUGAAUGAACGAGGUUUAAGUGAUUGUAUUUACUUUGACCAUCUUAAUGCAUUGUAGUUAGAAGAAAAUCAUUACUACAUAUAGUCCCAUUGGUAACCUGAUUUUGAAAUGAGUAAUAUGUUCAGAGCUGUAAAAAUAUUGAAGAUUGAUUCAGUUGAUACUAGUUUAAUUGAUAUUAGUUCAUGCUUUCACCUCAAACUUUUCCUCGUUUAAUCUUGCAGAAUAUAUGACUGCUUUUACUAGUUGAUUGUUUUGUUUAAUUGCUGUUUAUGAUUGAGCCAGAAUUAAAACUUGCAUGUGCAAUCUUUUAUUUCUUAAUAGUAAAAAUCAUGCAGGACAUUGUUGAAAAGGGGAUUCUGUACUGCUGUCAGUCAUAUUUAAGUGAAGUAUUUCAUUAAUUAAAAUGGUGCUAGUGAAUUAUAUUUUUUUGGUAUUCAUUUUGCCACUUGAUUGGUUCAUGUCUUGUUUUAUUCAUUUCUUUUAAAAAUUUUCAUAGAAUAGUCUGAGAAGAAAUGAAAUAGAUUUUGAUUUAAUAUCCUGCAUGCAGAGAACAUCUUACUUUUCAUCUGAAGAAAUGAUAAUUACAAUAUUUUAUUGUUUAUUAAAUUAUAAUUUGAUUAUAUAACAUUGGCCAAUGUAAUGGAACUCAUUAAAGUAGAAAUCAGGUAUCUGAGUAGAAGAAUAUAUGUAAGAAAGUUAAGUGAUGUGCUGGUAACAUCGGGAGUUAAUAAAAUGGUUGUUUUUGUUUAUGAUGCUUUACUGUGAUUUUCUGUGUAUAUGCAAGUACCAUUUCUUAAUUAUUUUGAUGUUUUUAACAUUUAACAACUUGACCAAAAUCACAUGAAUGCUUUAUGCAGGUGUUUCCCUAGGAACUAUUAGAAAUUAGGUGUGAGACUCUAUGGACUAUUUUUUUGUCUUUUUCGAGUAUUUUUCAUUGGCCUUUCAUCCUGUAGGUGCCAGUAACAAUACUUCAAAGCACGAGUGUUAAAUGAGACGAAUAUGUGCAUGUAAUAAGGAUGAUGAUGAAAACUGAAAUUCUUUUUUGCAGUAUAGAUUUUUACCAUUUGUGCCAGUCAUUUCCUUCUUAAUCUUAUAUUGUGUUUGCUAACCAUGCAGAAAUUUAUUCUGCAGGCUACAUAAAGUAACUAAUAAAAUUCAUUAUCAAUCUUUGUCAGUCAACUAUUGAAUUUUUCAGUAAGGUAUUCGAUUUUAUAAGCCUCCAAUACUUCUCAAGAGGAUUUCACAAGAAAGAUUUGUUACAGAGUUCUGCAGCAUGCUUGUAUUUACCUCAUGUACAGUUAAUCAAAUUCUGUUAAGCACAGCAAAUAAUUUCACCAGGACAUGGAGAGUAUAUGACACAAAUGUCGAGAAGGCUGAACGUAAGCAGUUAAAAAGUUUACUCCCUUAACUGAGGGAAUGAAAAGACAUCUCCCAUGCACGAAUAAUAACGUGUAGCUAGGUUAUUUUAUGUACUUGUAGAAUAAAUAUUUUCAUUGAGACUUGAGUGUUGGCUUUGUCUCAUGCAAGCUGUGUGCAUGGAAGGGAACUUCAUUGUACACUAAAAUAGUGACGAAUUCAUCUCUAAGUGCCAAGCAUAUCUGACUUACCGACCUUUGCUUGUACUAAGCAUAGUACAAGGGUAAAUGCAUUUCUUGAUCAUAUUGUGUGUUUUUAAAGUCUUAAGAGAUAUUUAUUAUCUUCAAAGGCAAACCAUUUCAUGUAUUAUACAUUGGCUGUAUAAAAAUAUUGGAUAUUAGAAAGUACAAUGUUGUAAAUAUAUUUGUGCCUUAGAUAAAAUUGUUAUUAAAUGCAAUUACAAUCACUUUCAGUAUAUCAAAUACGUGGAUGCUAUUUGAUCCAAUACGUUCAAGUAAAUAUUAGAAUGUUUGGCUAUCUGAACGGUAUGAUGCCAUGGGAAAGGCUGCUUUUUAUGGGAACUGCCAUUGCAUUGCAAAACAAUAGAUUUUUCAUGUAUGAAAAAGAAUAUUGAAUUGCUUUAUAAAUCAUCAUGUAAAAGUUUACGGUACUGUAGUUUGGGAUAUGGAUGUACAGAAUGAUUUAAGGAAAAUUAUUCAUAGUGUAAGAAAUACUGCUGGAAGGGGACAGAAAUAUUAAUAUUUCUGUUUUAGAGGUGGAAAAGGUGUGCAAACUGGUUGUUUUAAGUUAAAUAUUAUUUAAUUCUUUUACAUAGAGUACAGAUAUUUUCCCAAAGGAAAUUCAACGAGUUGUAAUCCUUUCUUUAAUUUGAGUUGUACAUUAUUACUUGGUGCUUAAAUCUAUAGUAUAAGUAGUUUUCAAUCGCUCAUUGAAACUGUUGAGAUAUUUACAUGUUCCAUGUGAAAAAAGGAAAAUGAAACUAGCAUGUCAAUACUAUUUUUUUUUACCAAACUGUGUCAAAUAGAUUUUUAUUGCCUUGCACUGUUUGACGAAACUUACGCCAAUAGUGAAAAUGACUUCAUGCCUUAAUUUUGAGUUGAUCACUUAUUGUAGUUUUUACUUCUUUUAUAUUAACAUCAUUUUUCUGGUAAGCAUUUUCUCAACAUUACUGUCUUUUUAUCAUUUAUAUACACAAACGAAUGUUUAAAAUGUUAGACAAUAACUUGAGAACUUCAAGAAGUUAAAGAAUUACUUAUUAUAUGGUGCUUUACAUAUCUCUGUACAUUUCAUACUAUUGUUUGUUUGUGAUCCUGAAGCUAUUUGUUCCUAAGAGGUGACUGACUUUCUGAUAUGCAUCUCUUAUGUUUCAUUAAAGAUUUUGUCACCAUGCAAAGUAAACUAGCUGUUAUCUUGUAUGAAAGUUAUCUUGUAGUUGAUAUGUAAGGUAUAUUUUUUUCUUUUACUUGUCAGGGGAACUUUAUUGUAAAAGAAUGUUGGAAAGUAAUAACAUAGCAGUUGUUUUAUUGUUGUCAGUUUGUAGUUUUUCUCUGAAGUCAGUGGCCUUGUCAAAUGUUCAUUUGUAAUAAUUUAACCAAAUGACUAUUUGAGAAGUAUGGAUAACUUUGUGGUAAAUGUAAACCACAUGUGUUCAUUGCAUUAAAUUGUAUUGUUUACUACCAUUUAUGGUGGAGUUAUCAUUGAUUAGGCUUUAGUCCACUUUGGUCUUUUGUACAUGUACAAUACAAUAACUCAAUAAAUUAUUUUUAAUGAAAAUAGCCUGGUUGAAGUGCCAAGUAACAGUGAUAAUUUGGCAGAUCACUUAUUAAUCUAUUAUGUAAUAAUUGUAAAGAACUUUUCACAGAAAGAGAGCUUAAGUUUGCACAAAUACUUUUUCACCUCUAUUAACAUUCCCUAGGACUUAGUGGAUUCCUCAAAAUUGUUUUCAAGUUGUAAUUUUUCCAGCUGUACCCUUUUAUAUAAUAAUAAUAGGUGUGUCAGUGAAGACAUACCAUACUUGAGCCUUAGCUAAGAUUAUUCUUGGUAGCUAUAUAUUUACUGUGAGAUCAAAUGUUUAAGUACAUAGAGAAGCAAAUGUUUUGACUGUGAUUCAGGAUCACCUGUAUUAAGAAUUAUUCAUUCACUACUGGAGAUGGUGCUGGAGGGUAAGGGAACAAAUGAAUCUGUUUACUCUAUAAUGUAAAUAAUAUAUAUUACAGUUUUUAUAUGACUUUGCUUUGUUUGUUUGGUUUUAUAACAUUUCAAGCAAUUAUUUCUACAGUAGUUUUUACUUGGUGCCCAAAAAUAAUGGAGUGUAAUAGAAACAUUGUCAUAUUCUUCACAUUGAUCUCAGAGUUUCAAAUUUGCACCUUCCUUGUCCAAUUAGCAUCUAGUCUUCCUUGAGCAUGAAUGAAAAUGUCUUUUAAAAACAUGCUGUAUUAGGUGAUUUUAUAUUUUCAGGUAGUUAUAUAUACCAGUAUAAAUGUAUACAGUACAUAAAAAUGUUUCAAUUUCUUAAAUCUGCUGAACUGGUAAGAUUCUGUGCACUUAAAAGGCAAUGAUGUGCAAUAUUAUAUAAUUGAUUAUAACUUUUUCUUUGCCAUUUCCCCUUUAAUGGCACGAUGUAGUUCUUGAAAAUAUAUUUGAGCAAAUUUUAUACCCUUACCCACAAGCAUAUACUAUAUGUAGAAAAAAUUUAGUGCCUCCAGUAUAUAAAUAUGGCUCACACCCAUAACCCUUGUUUAGAUUACUAUUACAAUUCCUAGUCGUAAAAGGUUGAAGGUUUUUCCUACUGUAUAUAUCCUCGAGGUUACAGAACUAGGCCCUCCUAUAAUAAUUAAAUAUACCUCGUGUAUAACUUAUCUGCACUGUUAGGUGUAAGAACUCAAUUUUUUAAAUUACAUUUUCUUCCAAUUAAUGAAUAGUUCAUAAGAGUCCUGAGCAUGUGAUGAAACUUAUGUACAUUUAAAAGUAUAGCUUUUUUUAAUACAAAGGGAAUUUGUCACCAAAGAACAUUAUUAUUACUUAAAAAAAAAGUAUGGGUUGUGCUGUACCCUUCACUUAUUCUGUUUUUAAGAGAAUGGUGGAAGAGUUCCCUUACCUCCCACAGUUACCCAAUUGAAAAGUGGAAAAAUUAGAUAUUGCUAAUUUAUUCUGUCAUGUAAAGCUACUUUUUAUAGUAAUAACAAGGAACUGCUUGAAUUGUAAAGCAGAACAUUUGGGGUGAAUAAUUUUGGUUAUUUAUUUACAUGUAAUUUAGCAAUUAAACUACAAAUUUCAUUGGAAAUUUGCUUUCUGCAUCCUAAUUUUUUAGUUUUAUCAAUUAUGACUGCUUUGCAUAUAGUUUAUGAUCUUCAGGUAGAAGACAUGUUAUUUUUAAUAAAAGGAAAUCCAUA